CUGAACAUAAAACUCAAGAGACGCAGGCCCUGAUUAGGCUUCUAUCUACAUCAUGUGACGUCAUAGCCGCCUGUCACGAUCUUAGCGCGGCUCACGUGACUGGCUCGUCCAAUCGUCAUUAGGAUCAUAUUAAAAUGUCAUAAAAAAUCGUAUAAGCUGAGUUCCAUUGCCCCCUCGUGUCCAGGGGGGCUUGCUAAAUUCGGCCACCUCUUCACGGCGCCUCCACUGGAGCAACAGCCAGCGCCUGUCUAAAGGAUAUCGAUCUCAGCCCAACCCCCCUGCUGGAGCUCCUAAUAUCAUCAUACGGCAUUGAAAGAAAUUCCAGCCAAAAUAGGGGAAAAAAGAGGGAAAGAAAUAAUACGAAAAUCCAUCAGAAGGCUUGUGAGAGGGGUGUUGGUGUCUGUUGUGUUUUUCUUGCUCACCCUCCUCUCCUGGUGUUGUGUCUCGGUGGGAACAAAAUUGGUGGAGUUAGUGGCGGACAUGAGGGCCUGGUGUUAGACCAGUUAGUCUGAGGACGCGAGGGUCUGGUGUUAGAGGAAGUCUGAGGACGACAGGGCAGGAGGAAGCACGUCCUGGUCUACAGUAAUUGAUUAGCUUUAAGUGCCCUGACUCCUUCGUUAGUUCGUUCAUUCUGGUGUCAGUGGUCUUGUGACAGCUGAGGUGUGUUCUGUCACAACUUAGUUCAGCUGACUAGUGCCUGACAGCUGAUGUGUCACAACUUGUGACAUCUGAUUUGUGAUAACCAAGUUGUGUCCGUCAAAGGAUUUCAUUGCAUCUGGAAUAUUUAUUUGAAUCCUUUCAUGUUCUUCACUGGCGAUCUGUUCUAAGACAUUGAUCUACACAGAUCUUCCUUGUUAUAAGACAUUGAUCUACAAAGAUCUUCCUUGAUUGAAAGGACGACAGCCAGCCCAGAUUCCACGAGAUUAAAGGCUCUGUCUAGCUGUGUUUGUAGGAUAAAAGAAAAAUCAACACUGGAAGGAGCUGAUAUUCUAGGAUAAAAACCAGAGAUUAGUUUUAUUGCCGUCUGUGAUGAGUGUUAAAAAAGUUGUGAGAUUUUUCUGAACAAAAUACUGGAUUAUACGAGAUUAAUUAAAAAUACAUGAAGGUGCCGAACAUAUAGAAUUUCAUUGCUGGAUACACGUUUUAGUGUGUUAACUUUUCUUUAAUACUUGUCUUGUGUUUAAGUGUGGUAGUUGAUCUUUAAGAACUGGAUUUAAAUGAAAGUUUUGGAUUAGUUUUCCUGAUGGCCAUAGUUUUAGAAUGUAGGUAAUGGGUGGGAGCCCAUCAAUACAAAUUGUAAUGGUUGGCCUAGAGGGGACUGGUAAAACAACGCUGCUCUACAGGCUCAAGUUUGGCCAGUACACCAGCACCAUCCCAACCAUCGGCUUCAACUGCGAGAAGGUCGAGGUUCAGGAGGGCAAGGCCAGGGGCGUGACCUUCUCCAUAUGGGACAUUGGGGGCAAGGACAACAUGAGGCCCCUGUGGAAGUCCUACCUGCGGUCAGCCAAUGGGAUCCUGUUUGUGGUGGACAGCAGCGACAGGGAGGGGUCGGAGGAGGCCCGGAUGGAGCUGAUGAAACUGGUCAAGACCCAGAACCCGCAGAACGUCCCCACCCUGGUGGUGGCCAACAAGCAAGACCUGCCCGCGGCCAUGGCCCCGGAGGAGGUGGCCAAAGCUCUGGGGGUCCAGGAACUGUCGUCGUCCCACGUCUGCCAGUUGCUGCCGUCAUGUGCUGUCACUGGUGAGGGGUUGACCGAAGCAAUGGACGUCAUGUAUGAGAUGAUAAAGAAGUGGAAGAAAGGCAAGGGGAAAACAAGAUAGCACCCACCCCCCAAACUAGUGUAGAGCUCUUCAAGCAGUGAGUUAUCUCCCCUGAAUUCCACUUCUAGCCAUGUUGUAAUCCACCUUGUGUUAACACCUUCUAAAACUCUGUACAUAAGUUUUCAAAAAUGUUGAACUUUGCAACAUGUUGACACUAAGACUGAGUGCAAUGUCAUUUAGACAUUCUGUGUUCACCCUCAAUAGCAUGUAGCCUAAUGCUUGUUCACACACUGAGAUUGUUUGUGUUGAAAACACAGUUUGGUAUGUCUGUUAGCUUGUUGAAUACAAAUGUUGGGACGUCCACACGACUUGUUUAAAUAAUACAGCCUAGAUGUGAUCUGUAUAAGCUUUCCAAAUGUUUGUUUCUGUAGGUCGACAAGGUCAUUGCAACAAGGCCAUCGUUUAUUUUUGGCCUGUGAUUUGUUGCUGAUUCAGCUGAUUGUGCCAGUACUUGUUGAAAAGUUGUUAACUUGUACACAUGUAUCAUACAAAUCUAUCAUACAAAUCUAUCAUCUGAAGAAAUUAUCACACAAAUGUAUUAGUAUACUAAUUAAUCAUAGUAAUGUAUCAUAGACAAAGGUAUCACACAAUUGUAUUAUGAUACUAAAUGUGUAAUACAAAUCUAUCAUACAAAUGUAUCACCAUACAAAUGUAUCACCAUACAAAUGUAUUACCAUAUAAAUGUAUCACAAAGCUCUGCAUGUCAUACAAGGGUUGCUGUGUUAAGAUGUGAAGGAUUGAUGUGUUGUGUUGACAUGUGAAGGAUUGGUGUGUUGACAUGUGAAGGAUUGGUGUGUUGGGUUGAGAAGGGUUGCUGUGUUGGGUUGGUGUGUUGAUAUGUGAAGGGUUGGUGUGUUGGGUUGAGAAGGGUUGCUGUGUUGGGUUGGUGUGUUGAUAUGUGAAGGGUUGGUGUGUUGGGUUGAGAAGGGUUGCUGUGUUAUGCGGGUACUUCUGCUUAUCAGGCUGUGAAAGUGUAUAUAUGGGUGUCUUCUAAUAUAUCCUGUAUUUAUUCUAAUGUAUCUCACAAAUAUAUUAUUUAUCACAAAUGUUAAGAUAAAUUUUUUAGAAUCUUAAGUUUUAGUCUCUUAAACAGAUCUGCUACCAGCCGUGGUCAGUGUAGUUGAUUGUUUGUACUAUCUAAAAACCUUUUAAAAAAGACACAGUCAACAUACUCUUCUUGAAAUGUUUUUUAUUUUCUUUGAAAAAAAGUUAACUGGAAAGAUUGUCCAUAGUUUAUUUUAUUUAUGUGGCUAAUAUUUAAGUACAUUUUAAAUGGAAGUGUUAAUAAUAUCAGACCAUAUAAUAAAAAUGAAUGAUUUUAAAAGAAAAAUUAAUGUGCUGUAUUUUGUAAAUGCAGAAAUGGUUGAAAGUAAUGUAAAAGCUACACAUUAUAAGGUCUCUAGACUUUGUUCUGAUUAUGUGAAUACUCAGGCUUACUGUCCUGUUUAGUUGCUUUAAAUGUGAAACAUCUGUAUCAAUAUUUAUUUAGAUAACACACUUUUUUAAAUCUCACAAUGUGACAAAUUGUGAUAGGUGAAUUCGUAAACACAUUUAUGCUUCACUAGGGCAAGUUUUUAUUUCAAUGGCUACUAUUACAAAAACACUUUAUAAAUAAGCCUUUAAGCUGAUUUUUUUUGUUUGUUUUAAAUUGAAGUCUCUGUAUUAGCUUGAGGUGUAAAUUAAUAAAUCUUAUUGUCAUCACAAAAUGUAAAGACAUAAUUAAAAACUGAUAACUUUUUUUGUGUCAAUGGAGAUCUAAAACAAAAUUUAAUCUGUUAACAUUAAACAUCACUCAAUGUUCUAGUAGUUCAACUCAAUUCACUUCUAAUUCUUUAACACUGGACUCCUUAUAACAUGGAGGUUGUUGUUGUUUCAGUUGUGUUUGAAAAUUCUUUCUUCAUUAAUGUUAAACAAGAUGUAAACAUCAUUACAUUGGUUUAAAAUGAUAGUGAGUGAAGUGUAUGCUGAUCUCUGGUGUGUUUUAAUAAUUAUUCUUAUAUUGAUUUGAAAUGUUGCUAAUAGAAUUAGCAUAAUUUUUUUUUAGAUUUCUAUGACAAUGGCCCAACUUAACUCCCAUUCUAUUUUAUAUAAACUUUUUUUUUACCUGUACACAAAGUGGCUAUUGUACUGGCUAUUCCACAAUAUUCCAAUUGUAACUGUGACUAAGUUGUGAAAACAAUGGACAAAGGGAGUUAUUUCUGCAUCAGACAAAUCAUUUUAGCAAAGUUCCAUCUCUUUCAUCAACUUCAUGUUACUAUGUACCCACAAUUUUAUAAGUUUUAGUUUGUUGAGGAAUGUAUCACCACCUUUUUGGUUGGAUUUUUUGGCAGCAAUAGUAUUUUAUUCUUCUGUUCAAAGAAAAUUCCAUGUGUAUUAGAAUAUCAUCCAUAAUUGUUGCUUUUGAAAGUAAUGUCACAUAUUCAACAUUAAAUAAUCAAUUCAACAUUAAGCUACCAACAGUUCACAUUGAGACUGAAUUUUAUACAUUUUAAAAUAAUUUCCUGCAUAUGAAUUUAACAUUCAUUAAAAACUACAAUCUAUUUGUAGCUGUUCCCAGAUUAUUCCAUUCACCUUUUGUUUGUUUUUUAAAUUAUAUUUACUGUAAGUAAAAGAACAAUUGAAACUUGACUGUGUAUAGAAGCAGGAUGAGAUCAUAUUUUCUACGCUAUCAUAUUUUUUAAGCUACAUCAUAUUUUCUACGCUACAUAGAUUGUAUGGCUAGUAGAAAUGUUGAGCACCUAUUUGGGACCAGGAAUAUAUUUAAAAGAGACCAAAAUCCCAUUCAGGUGUGUAUUGUUACCUAGAAUUACCUGGACCUCCACAUAAAAAAAGGUCCUGAAGCUAUUGUGCCAAAGUUAGUGCUACUAACACAUUCAAACAAACCUCAAACUUUUUCCAAAAAGUAAAUUCUGGUGCCACAUCACUUAGACAUGAUACCAUAAAGAAUAAAUCCAGGUUAGAAUAUUAAUAUUAUGAUUAGUUAUUUAAUCAUGCCACUAAAGAUUUAGAUAAUUAAAAAUGCUAAGAAAAGGAUAUUGGUGUAAAUGUGUCUCGAUUUAGACAGUUAAAAAUGCUAAAAAAAUUAUAUUGAUUUAACUUUGUCACUGACGCAGCAUACAAUUUAUAUAGAACUGUCGCCACUAUAUGACGCACUUAAAAGUGUCAGUGUUGCUACCAAAUAAUUCAUUUAGAAUCGUCAGUGUCGCCACCAUAUAAUUUAUUUAGAAAUGUCAGUGUUGCGACCAUAUAAUUUAUUUAGAAAUGUCAGUGUUGCCACCAUAUAAUUUAUUUAGAAAUGUCAGUGUCGCCACCAUAUAAUUUAUUUAGAAAUGUCAGUGUUGCGACCAUAUAAUUUAUUUAGAAAUGUCAGUGUUGCCACCAUAUAAUUUAUUUAGAAAUGUCAGUGUUGCCACUAUAAGGUUCACUUAGAAAUGCCAUUGUUGUCACCUAGCAACCAUUCAUCCACUUGUUUGUUCGACACCCACUUCUCCAUCAGAACCUCAUUCAAUAUGUACACAAUGUCAUGAAUUUAACUCUCCUUUAAUUGAAGAGCUCUUGUUGAUUCUUGUGUUUACUCACCUAUUCCUGAGCUUCCAAGUGUAUUUCCUAAUUACUUUAAUGAUUUAUUGAUCUUUUAUUUUAAGCAAAAACUUGUAUUGUACAGUAAUGAAAUUAAUUAAGUUCAAAAAUUAUAUAAACUUUUUAAUGUUAACGUAAGAUAUUUUUAAAAAAUGAGCUUGUUUGAAUAAUGCAAACAAAAAACAUCAUGUUGAAUGUACUUGUAGAUCACAACACUAGGACUAAUUUCUGACACUGUAAAGUUUGGAACUGUAUAAACUUAAGGUCUGAAUAGCUUUUAUAAUUGAAAAAUAGUUUUAACAAAACAUAUAUGAUGUCCUAGAAGUAUUUAUAGACCCUUUUUUUUCCUCCAAUUUUUCCAAAUAUUAAUGUAGGUGCAGGUUUAGCCCUACAUUUUUUUUAUCCUUGAUAUUGUUCAAUAUUUGGCUGGCAACACUUAAGUGGUUGAUGGUCAAACUCUAUCCCCCCCCCCCCCUCCCUCCCCCCAUACACACACAACUGUGUUCCCUGUCAGCACAAAACAUUGUAUUGUUUCAGCUCUAGUUUCCUUUCCAACUUUUUUAUCAUCCCUGUAGCUGGUGAAGCCACUGAUUUGUGAUUGUCACCCUCCAUGAUACAUUGUCUUUUAUUAAAAGUUGAUUGAUUUA